GAAAUUCGUUAGCCGAUUGUGAUAUGUGGCAACGCCGCUAUCUGCAUGGGAGAUGGGAGUAGGAAAAUGUUUGGUAUCUCCUUCUCUUUCGCUCGUUUUUCUGAUUCGCUUUAGCAGUUUUGUUUUUUUGUUCAGUGUAAUGGUGACGGUUGUAAUGUGUAGAAGAUAUGUACGAAUUUAGUUAGAGGGAUGUUUGAUGCUGGAUUUAUUAACUUUAAGGCUGAAGUACCCAAUGAUUUACACUGUUUAUGGAUUCGCCAUAUUUUUCUUUGUAUUUUGGUGUGGAAUAUGGAUAGUUCACCUAAUAGCUUUAUUUUACGGUAAAUAUAGACUGCAUAGGAAGGUAAAGCCUUUAAGCACAGAUGAACCAUAUCCUGGGGUUUCUAUUCUGAAACCUCUCAUGGGAACUGAUCCUCAUUUGGUUUCUAACUUAGAAACGUUCUUCACUAUGACCUAUCCAAUGUACGAGAUCCUUUUUUGCGUGGAAGAUGAAAAGGAUCCAGCCGUAGAUGUAGUGAAUGCAUUAAUAGCAAAAUACCCAAAAACUCCUUCCAGGGUUUUCCUUGGCGGCUCAACUGUAGGCGUAAAUCCCAAAAUUAAUAAUAUUAACAAAGCAUACGAAGCUAGUAGUUACGAUUUAAUUCUCAUAUCAGACAGUGGAAUUCGAAUGAAAGAGGACACUUUGUUAGAUAUGGUGACGCAUUUGACUGAAACCACCGGCAUUGUCCAUCAAAUGCCUUUCACUUCGGACAGGAACGGUUUCGCUGCAAUUUUAGAAAAGGUAUAUUUCGGGACCGCGCAAUCCAGGAUGUAUCUAGGGGCGGAUUUUCUGGGCGUAAAUUGCCACACGGGCAUGUCCACGUUGAUGAGGAAGCCCGUUCUCGAAGAGCGCGGCGGUUUGAAGAUGUUCGGCUGCUAUCUGGCCGAAGAUUUCUUCAUAGCCAAGGCCUUCCUCGACAAGGGAUGGAAAACUGCCAUUAGUAGUCAGCCUGCUUUACAAAACUCUGGUAUCUGUGAUGUAAAUAGCUUUCAAGCCAGAUUAACAAGAUGGGCCAAAUUACGGGUGGCAAUGUUGCCUAUAGUAAUAUUUUUCGAACCACUCUCCGAAUGUAUGGUUAUAGGGGCGUGCGCAGCUUGGGCGGCGAGCCUGUUGUUCCGCUGGGAACCCCUCGUUUUCUAUUUAAUUCAUGUACUUGUAUGGUUCUUGUGUGAUUGGAUGCUAUUGUCUAUAGUACAAAAUGGGUCUCUUCCCUUCAAAAGGUUCGACUUUAUUAUUGGGUGGCUGUUUCGUGAAUGUUCUGGGCCUUACCUAUUCCUUUUAGCGCUGUGUCAUCCGGAAAUCAAGUGGAGGAAUCGCGUAUUCAAGUUGACAUGGGGCGGAAUAGCUCAAGAGGUAAAGCCGAGGAUCAAAUGUUAAAAGGUACACGUCUAUUCGUUUAUAAAGGUUGCCACUUUGUAUGCCGAAUUUUUAUACGUAUUUCAAGCUUAACCAAAAGAAAGACCUUAUUAGUGAUCUAAGGACAAAAGCACUGAUUUUUGAUUUUUUUGUUUACCUUGGAACUUUAAUAUCUAAACGAUACCACGGAUCGGUUUGCACGCCGAGUACUGAAAUUUUAUCUAUUUAUUUGUUAGAGUUAAUACUUAACCCGGUGACCUGAGGUGACAUUCCGCCAAUAAUUACCUAAGACACCGUCGUGUAAGGUUUUAUUUUGUUUAUAAAUUACUAACGAAUCAUUACCCUAGUCAUAAUUUUAAUUAUAACAUCGAAGUUACUUAAAAGAAUUUGAACACGAAACAACUAGGCAUAAGCAAUAACUAUAAAGUACAUAUUUGCAACGUAUUCCUUAUGAUGUACGAACUGGUUCUUCGGCACAUUGACCAACUCUUUCAGUAUACACGCAGUAAAUAUUCCAUAAAAAUCUCGCAUACGAAAAUUAGUAUUAAGAUUAGUGUGAUAUAUUUAAUUCCUACAUGCUAUAUUUAUAUUAUUGAGGAGUUGCUUGACCUCCUUACUAACAUAAAAAUGUCUUCUUUGUCUCUAAAAAUCAGUUAAAACUAUAUCAAUUAUUGUUCGCUCGGUAGGGCGUUGUAAUGGAAAUGUAAAAGCUAAUAUAGAAUAUAGGAGGAGACUACGAGACUGAUCUUCCUACUGACUGAAUAAUUCAAUAACAUUAUAACUGAAUUUUUGAGGCAAAGAUAUCCCUGUGUAAAUUUUUAUCUUUAACGUUUCGGGACAUGAAAUAUGCUUAUUAUUAUUUCAAGUUUGUACUGUAGUUUGCCCCAUUAUUUAAUAUUUUUUAGCAAUAUUUAAACUAAUUGGCCAGAAUAGUAUUAUGUAGUAUAUUGAUAAAAAGCCUAUUUAAAUGAACAAACAGUUUUGACAAAUAAGUAAAAUUUACACAUAUUUCUUACAACUUAAGUAUUAUAUGUAUAAGGUAUAAAUAACGCUAAAGACUUACCAAAAAUACACGAAAAUAUAUUUUUUUAUUUUUAUUUUAAAUAUUCCUAAAUUAUUCUCGAUUGUUGUUUUACGUGCGGUUUUGUUCCCUACUUGAUAUAUUGUACUUAAUUUUUUGAUUAUUGAGUUUUUUUUACUUAAAAUUAUACCUACAAUAUUUAUAAUUUAUACACAUUCUCAAAAAUCAGCCUUUAAAAAUCUGUACAAAAACAGCAUCGUUGGACCUGAAAAAGUGUUUCUUAUUCCAAAAUAUAUUUUUAAUGCUAGCAUAAAAAUUUACUUUAAGAUAUUGAAGUUUGAUAAAAAAAUCAUUCCCGGUUAAUCAAGUGGCAACUUUUGUGUAAGUAUGAUAAACUUACUGUGCAUGCAUGUAUAAUUGUAUUAAUUAUAUUCUCUGUAACUGUUUUUUUAACACGUUAACAGCCGAACACACCUAUUGGUGUGUUGUGAACGUGAAAGUAGUUCAAUGGGCAAUUGUGGGAGAAACCCAAAAUAUUUUAUGGCAGUUAAUACGUUAAAUGCGUUUUUCGCCCUAUUACGAUAUUAGUUAUAUACUUACUACAUUCACGUCGUCUCAAUCACCUGUCACUUAAUACCGAAACUAUUUAUUUUUGUUUUUAUUUAAUAAAAAAAUGUUUUGUAAUAA